AGCCUGGAGCUUCUGGAGGCUCCGCGGAGACAAACGUCCGGUUCGUCGGUGGGCGGAAGAAAACACGAACCAACUGCGGCUGGAGGAGUUGUCGAGCCGCGGGGAACCGGAGACGGAACCGGAGCUUUCUGUCGGUUACACCGGGAGCACGAGAGUCUGGAGAGUCCAACCCGCGGGUGUUCGGGGUGUUCGGCUCCGUGUAGCCGCGCGCUGUGACCCGAACCGACGGUGUCCGCCGGGUCCGCCGGGUCCGUGGUCCGUCCUCCGCCGUCACCGGGGCAGCGGACACUCGUCUGACUCGUGUCAUGUUCGUUCCGUUCGCUUCGUCUUGAGUCGGUACCGGGGGGUGAAGGAGGGAAGGCGGGGCCGAGCCGGAGGACUCCCCCCACCGUCAACUGGAUUAUUGAGCUCGGUUCACCCACAGCGACGCAGCGGUUUCUCCUAUGGGGGGGGCGGGGGGGCGAGAGGAGCCAGCCACCGGGAUCUAGAAUCGUUUCUGAGGGAGCGACUCCAGCGACCGACCGGGCCGGAGAGGACAGCACCGGGGGGGGUGUCUCUCGUGUCCGCCCGGGGCCUCCGGUGUCCACCGGCCUGCGGGUGUGAAGGAUCCUACAAACCAGGGGUUUGGACGCACAUCUGUCUGGGGGAGGCUGUGCGGGGGCGAUCCUCCCAGCCGGGGUCGGACUAUGGCGGACGACGACAUCCUGUUCGAGGACGUGUACGAGCUCUGCGAGGUCAUCGGCAAGGGCCCCUUCAGCGUGGUGAGGAGAUGCAUCAACAGGGAGACGGGGCAGCAGUUCGCUGUCAAGAUCGUGGACGUGGCCGAGUUCACCUCCAGCCCAGGACUCAGCACCGAGGACCUGAAGAGGGAGGCCAGUAUCUGUCACAUGCUGAAACACCCUCACAUUGUGGAGCUGCUGGAGACGUACAGCUCAGACGGGAUGCUCUACAUGGUGUUUGAGUAUAUGGACGGAGCAGACCUGUGCUUUGAGAUCGUGAAGCGUGCCGACGCUGGCUUCGUCUACAGCGAGGCCGUGGCCAGUCACUACAUGAGACAGAUCCUGGAGGCGCUGCGCUACUGCCACGACAACAACGUCAUCCACAGAGACGUCAAGCCUCACUGUGUCCUGCUGGCGUCCAAAGAGAACUCUGCUCCGGUGAAGCUGGGCGGGUUCGGAGUGGCCAUCCAGCUCGGGGAGUCUGGACUGGUGGCCGGAGGUCGGGUGGGCACUCCUCACUUCAUGGCCCCGGAGGUGGUGAAGCGAGAGCCCUAUGGGAAGCCCGUGGACGUGUGGGGCUGCGGCGUCAUCCUCUUCAUCCUCCUCUCCGGCUGUCUGCCCUUCUACGGCACCAAGGAGCGACUGUUCGAGGCCAUUUGUAAAGGAAAAUACAAGAUGAAUCCUCGCCAGUGGCUCCACAUCUCCGAGAGCGCCAAGGACCUGGUGAGGCGCAUGUUGAUGCUGGACCCAGCUGAGAGGAUCACCGUGUACGAGGCCCUGAACCACCCCUGGCUCAAGGAGAGAGACCGAUACGCCUACAAGAUCCACCUGCAGGAGACUGUGGAGCAGCAGAGGAAGUUCAACGCCCGCAGGAAGCUGAAGGGGGCGGUGCUUGCUGCCGUGUCCAGUCACAAGUUCAACUCCUUCUAUGGAGAUCCUCCAGAAGAACUCCACGAGUUCACCAACGACCCCACCUCCUCAGGACUCCUGGCAGCCGAGCGGGCUGUGUCUCAGGUGCUCGACAGUCUGGAGGAAAUCCACGGUUUGACCGACUGCAGUGAAAAGGAUCUGGAUUUCCUCCACAGUGUUUUCCAGGACCAGCAUCUACACACUCUGCUCGAUCUGUACGAUAAGAUCAACACCCGCUCGUCGCUGCAGAUCAGAAACCCUCCGAGCGACGGCGUGCAGAGGGCCAGAGAGAGCUCGUCCCAGGAUGAUGAAGCAAGUGGAGCUUUGAAACAUCUGGAAUAUGUGCUGGAGGAGAUCUCCUGCUACCCAGAGAACCACGAGGCUAAAGAGCUCCGACGGAUACUGACCCAGCCGCACUUCAUGGCUCUGCUGCAGGCCCACGACGUCGUCGCCCACGAGGUCUACAGCGACGAGGCUCUGAGGGUGACUCCGCCCCCCACCUCGCCCUACCUGAACGGGGACUCGCCGGAGAGCGCCGCCGGAGACAUGGACCUGCAGAACGUCACCAGAGUCCGUCUGGUCCAGUUCCAGAAGAACACGGACGAGCCCAUGGGCAUCACGCUGAAGAUGAACGACUCCAACCACUGCAUCGUGGCGAGGAUAAUGCACGGAGGGAUGAUCCACAGACAAGGAACGCUGCACGUGGGAGACGAGAUCAGGGAGAUCAACAGCAUCAGUGUGGCCAAUCAGACUGUGGAGCAGCUGCAGAGGAUGCUGAAAGAGAUGCGAGGCAGCAUCACCUUCAAGAUUGUGCCAAGUUACCGGACGCAGGGCUCCUCGUGUGAGAAAGAGUCCCCCAACACCUCCAGACAGUCACCGGCCAACGGCCACGCAAGCGUCACCAGUUCUAUCCUGGACCUGCCGUCCACCAUUCAGCCCAAAGGUCGACAGAUUGAGUCCAGACCUGCAAUCAAGGACAAAAUGUCUGUCAAGAUCUACGUGAGGGCGCAGUUUGAGUACGACCCGUCCAAAGACGAGCUCAUCCCCUGCAAGGAGGCGGGCGUUCGCUUCCUGGUGGGCGACAUCAUCCAGAUCAUCUCCAAGGACGACCAUAACUGGUGGCAGGGAAAACUGGAGAACACGAAGAACGGCACCGCCGGACUCAUCCCGUCACCGGAGCUGCAGGAGUGGCGCGUGGCGUGCAUCGCCAUGGAGAAGACGAAGCAGGAGCAGCAGGCGAGUUGCACCUGGUUUGGAAAGAAGAAGAAACAGUACAAAGACAAGUAUCUGGCAAAGCACAAUGCAGUGUUCGACCAACUAGACCUGGUCACGUACGAGGAGGUGGUGAAGCUUCCGGCCUUCAAGAGGAAAACGCUGGUUCUGUUGGGCGCUCAUGGAGUCGGCAGGAGACACAUCAAGAACACGCUCAUCACCAAGCACCCGGACAGUUUCGCCUACCCCAUCCCACACACGACCAGACCUCCGAAGAAGGACGAGGAGAGCGGCAAGAACUACUACUUUGUUUCCCAUGACCAGAUGAUGCAGGACAUCAGCAACAACGAGUACCUGGAGUACGGCAGCCACGAGGACGCCAUGUACGGGACGCGGCUGGAGACCAUCCGCAAGAUCCACCAGCAGGGGCUGGUCGCCAUCCUGGACGUGGAGCCCCAGGCCCUGAAGGUCCUGCGAACAGCAGAGUUCGCUCCGUACGUCGUCUUCAUCGCUGCUCCGACGAUCACACCAGGAAUCAACGAGGACGAGUCCCUCCAGCGGCUGCAGAAGGAGUCAGAGAUCCUCCAGAAGACGUACGCUCACUACUUCGACCAAACCAUCAUCAACAACGAGAUCGACGAGACCAUCCGGCACCUGGAGGAGGCCAUCGACCUGGUGUGCUCCACCUCCCAGUGGGUCCCCGUGUCCUGGGUCUACUGACCUGCUCCACCUUCAUCUCCCUCCUCCUCCUCCUCCUCUUCCCACCCUGCAGCGUCACCUCGGGGCCAAACUCCCGUCAUUCCCUCUUCAACAUGAGAAUAAUAACUGAGACUGAGACGCGUCCCUCAGCCUGAUGGUGACGAGCGACGAGCUCUUCGUCGUGAUGUCGUGUACAAACAGUCAAGUACAGUGAAUAUCGUCGUGUCUGUAGCUGCAGUAGGAUGUUUGUUUUAAAGAGACAGUAUCACCUCCACGUCUGUGGCUCCACGUGUCAGUGAGCAGACGGAAGCUGAAGCACAAACACGCUGCAUCGUCGUCAGCCGCCAUUUUGUUCUUCACAUGGUCUCAGUUUCUCCAUCAGUGAUUCGACUUUUGAAUGAGGUCGUCAUGCAUGUGGACAUUCAGACAGUCAGACAGUCAGUCAGACGUACAGACAGACAGACAGUCAGAGGGACAGACAGACAGUCAGACAGAGGGACAGACAGACAGAGGGACAGACAGACAGUCAGACAGAGGGACAGACAGA